AUGUCGGCGUCAAGACUCUUCAGGCCGGCAUCGAGGCUCCUUUCACAACGGACCACGAUCCCUUCAUGUGUACGUCCAUCACUUCACAGAUUCGCACCGGUGACGCUGCCAGCCGUUCGUGGAUAUGCUUCGGAAUCAAACCAAACCUUCACUGUCCGAGACGCGCUCAAUGAAGCUCUUGCGGAAGAAUUGGAGCAGGAUGAAAAGGUUUUCAUCUUAGGAGAAGAAGUUGCUCAAUACAAUGGCGCAUAUAAAGUCACAAAAGGGCUCCUGGACCGAUUCGGACCCAAAAGGGUCAUUGAUACUCCUAUCACCGAAUCUGGCUUCUGCGGAUUGGCGGUGGGUGCUGCUCUCGCCGGCUUACACCCUGUUUGCGAAUUCAUGACGUUCAACUUCUCCAUGCAGGCCAUCGAUCAAAUCGUCAACUCUGCUGCCAAGACGCAUUACAUGUCCGGCGGUAUUCAGCCCUGCCCUAUUGUCUUCCGAGGUCCCAAUGGUUUUGCCGCUGGUGUUGCCGCACAACAUUCACAAGACUACUCGGCCUGGUAUGGGAGCAUCCCCGGCUUGAAAGUGGUCGCUCCCUGGAGUGCCGAAGAUGCUAAAGGUCUGUUGAAGGCCGCAAUCCGCGAUCCCAACCCCGUGGUGGUAUUGGAGAAUGAACUCCUUUACGGCCAAGCUUUCCCAAUGAGUGCCGACGCGCAAAAGAGCGAUUUCGUCCUGCCCUUUGGUAAGGCCAAGAUUGAGCGGCCUGGCCAAGAUUUGACUAUCGUGACGCUCUCACGCUGUGUGGGUCAAUCGCUUGAAGCGGCGGAACUGCUGAAGAAGAACUAUGGCGUUGAAGCUGAGGUCAUCAACUUGCGGUCAAUCAAGCCCAUGGAUGUGGAGGCCAUUAUCACAUCAGUAAAGAAGACAGGUCACCUCAUGGCUGUAGAGUCAGGUUUCCCAGCUUUUGGCGUGGCCUCGGAGAUUCUCGCAUUGGGGGUGGAAUACGGUUUUGACUACUUCCACGCACCUCCUGUACGUGUCACGGGUGCGGAAGUACCUACGCCGUACGCACAGAAGCUGGAAGAGAUGAGCUUCCCUCAGGUUGACACCAUCACCAACUACGCAGCGAAGCUCUUGAGGGUGUAA